AUGGAUGAAGCGACUAUAACAUUACCUGUCAUUUCCCAGGAAUAUCUCUACUUUCUAAGAUCCGACGGAGAAGAGAUUUGGUUAAGACACAGCGGAGAAACUAAGAUAGCUUUAGCCCACCAUAAACCAAGUAACGCGGACGUUGUUAUCAAGAUGUUUAAAGAUUCCAGCUUCGUUGACAUACGCCACGAGGCGACUGUAAACUACAUCAUGGGUGAUACAGGUUAUGUACCUGAAUUCCUCGGCUUGACACAGUCCGGGUCAUCGCUCAGCAACCUCAGCAUCGUACAGGAAUACUUUGCCGAGGGGCAAACAUUGCAAGACACCAUGUGUCUCGUCCACAAGUUUGAUCUACAGGUUAAACUCGUGCUAGCAAUACAACUCGCGGAAGCAAUGUCGAGUUUCCAUCAGAGAGAUUUCAUCAUUAGCAACUUCAAGACUGACAAUAUUUUGUUUGAUUUUGUGGAUAACUACCCGGUUAUUAAGCUUAUAGACCUGGGGAAAUGUACCCUUCAAUACGGGUACACAGUGAGCAAGUCGGAUGACCUUGACUCUCUGGACUAUUUAGCCCCGGAACUUAAAGACGGCGGCGUGACGUCAUUUGCUGCGGACGUUUAUGGGCUGGGCGUCAUCUUGCGUGAUAUCUUUGAAGGAUGUGUUGACGUUAACGCCACCGGUUUAAUCAAACGGUGCAUGGAGGAAGAUCCAAGGUUACGACCUUCAGCUGAAGAGGCAGCUGGACAUAUCAUGGACAUUUUGUCUAAUAUGAAUGAACGUCAUAGUUGA